AUGCAGCCCCGAGAACUGUCUCAAGAUUACCAACCCUUGGCACUGCAGAAGUAUACGCAGGCCAAUAGACGCCAGCAUCGAUUAACUUUUGUCAACGAUAAUAAGCAAGAUAUUCGCAAAUUAAAUUCCAACAAUGCAGCGAAGCAUCGUCGAGCAAUCUUCACAGAGUCCGAGCGCCAUUACAUGAGCAAUGAAGUCAUCAAUUCCUUACCUGGACGUGACCAUACACAAGCCUUGCUCGAUAUAGAGAGAUUCGAGUGCAUGACAAAUGAAAGUGUGCAUUUCUCUUUCUUCAGAGGUCCAUUUGGAGUCUCUAGGCUCGCGCAGACCCCCAUAUCAGAAGAAACGGUCCCCAGUGACGAAGACAUACCACUGCUAUCGGAUGACUGGAUACUAGGGCUAGACCAAAUAACAAGCCAAGAGGAACUGGAUUUUGAACUCAUUGAUAGCAUACUUGAAAAUCCGGAAAAAGAACAGACAAAUAGUUUGCACCCCUGGAGUCUUAUCACAUCCAAUGCUGAAGACGUUGAGCUAGGGUUAAGCACAACACCCCAGAUCGAGACCCCCUUGACGUUUUUCAGUAAUAACAUCGAAGCUUGGUCGAUUCUAUCGCAUUACAAGGAUAAAAUUGUCCCACUAGUUUCACCUCUCGGCUUUGGCCAGGAAGCGCCAUGGUUAAAUCUAAUCAUGCCUUGUGCUAUCAGCGCACUGAGUGACCUCAGUGCAAACAGAAGUGUCCCAUAUGCACAACUGGCUUUGUUGAAUGCUCUAUUGAGUACCAGUGCCUUUCAUAUGGGAAAUCAUUCGACCAGGUCGACUGAAAAUUGGGUAGCAACUGGGAAGACAUACAUGAAGCGGUCUCAGCAAUAUUUCUUACGAUGCAUGGAAGAGUUGUGUCUUUCGACCGAAAAGACCAGCAAGUACAAGGAUAUAUUGAUGGUACUAUUGAGUCUCUCAACUGCUUAUAUGAUUCAAGGAGAUGCCGAGCAACGUUUAUCCUGUCUAAUCCAAGCCGAGAAGUUCAUCUCCAUAAAUGGAUUUAAGGCAUCCACCCUGUCACCCAAGCGCAGAGCCUUGCACCACUGCUACGCCUUUAUGCGCAUCAUGGCAGAGACGACCAGUAUCAACGAUAAUCUGAGCGCAACCCUAAUGGGAACUAACCUCUCUGAUGAGACGAUGCCCUACAGUGAUUUCCGCAUCUACCCUAACAUUGUGUUUUCAGAAAACAUUAUGGCCAUGGAGAAGGAUCCAGCAGUCGCACAGCGAGAUCUCCAUUUAGCUAUACCAGGUCGCUGGAGCUUGACACUAUUCCCGAAGAUAUAUGGUAUUGCCGAGAGUUUCCUCAUGCUCCUCUCGCAAGUGAUUCGGCUAGCGAACGAGAGGGAUAUCUCUUUGCAUCAGAGUGAAGAGGGGGUGUUGAAUUUAAGAGAUUUCUGGAUGCGAGCUAAAGCGCUAGAAAAAGCUAUUCGGGUUCUUUUGAUUUCCUGUGAUGGCCAUACUAAUUGGGAAGAUGAAAGUCAGGUUGAGGGGAAGCCACGGGCUAGAGCAAUGUAUACUGCGUUGUUGAUUUUCUUUCAUCGGAGAAUUAAUGAUUUGGAUCCUUCGUUGCUUCAGCGGGAGGUGGAGGCUGUGCGGGAUUUUCUUGAACGGGUUCGGGUGGAUGAGGCUGGGUUAGGAGGUGAGAAUAUGGCGACGCUUAUUUGGCCGGCAUUUAUUGCAGCUUGUGAGGCUGUGCAUUCGGAGACACAGAUAUUCUUCUCUUACUGGUUUGAGUCUUGUUUUGCGAUGACGGGACUGAAUUCUGCCUCUGUUGCUAAGCAGAUUAUUGAGAUGAUAUGGGCCAAGAGAGAGGAAAGUGGCUUAGAUGGGGAGAUGUGUAACUGGCCGGAUAUUUUGAGAGCUAAGAAGAUAAGACUAAUGUGUACCUAA